AAGGAGAAAUUCAAAUUACCAGACGAAGUGGCAAAGAACUUGUCGAGAGAUGCCGAUGGAAACGUGCGCAAAGCAAUUCUCAUGCUAGAGGCUCUCAAAAUGCAACAGUGCGUAUCAACCACCAGUCUCACCUGA